AUGCCAUCGGUCAACCAUAGUCUGCAAAACGGCGUAACAAAGGAAAACCCUCAGCUGCUCCUUGAAGGGGACAAAAUCCCGACCCUCCACGUGGCGAUCCAGUCAAUCUCCGGGCCAUCUCACCCUAUCUCGGUUGGGCCUAACCCACAUGCCACUUUGCAGGCCGCAACUCAGACAACGGCCCAUCUAAACAUCAUAGCCCGCUCUUUGGGCUUACCAGUUAUAUCCCAAAUCCCACCCCAACCCACAUAUCAAUCAAGUCCACAAGAGACAUUAACCUCUCAACCCAUCUCAGCCCCUCAACCCGAAAUUCAGCCUCUUCUACCCGAUAACACACAGGCCCAGCAACCCGCCACCACACAUCUCCCCCCCCAGCCCGUUACCCGUCGCUAUAUCUCGACCUGCCGCCGGCGAACAGCGGUCGCCGACGAGAAGCCACCUGAGAGAGUCCAAACGAUUGUCCGUCGGCAGCCGAACUACCACUCGCCGCCGACCAUCUCGUUCGCCCAAUCGGUUGCCCACAGAUACCCAAUACACACACAAAUCGCGCCCCCUAGCCUGCGACUACCUCGUUCGUCACCGACCUUCCCACCGGCGCUCCGCCCAGAGCCACCCAGCAUCACCCACAACCACCGCCCACACCCUGUACUCACUGAGGACGCCUCCACACCUCCGCGCAGAAAUCGAGAUGGUCUCUCUCCAGCCACCAUGAUCCGCCGAUUUCGCCGCUCUAUGUGGCGGAUUGCCUCAAAUUCUUUGUGGAUUGAGGCAGCGACGAUGACGGAGAAGGUAACUAUGUGGCAAAGGGCGGCUGUGGCAAGGGGUUCGGUUGACAUCGGCUAG